GCUGCCAAGGGAACACGCUCCUUCACAACCUGGAGAAUAAAAACAAGGACAUAAAACCCUCUUUUACUAAAAAACACCACGGUUUUAAGUAUCUUAAGCCUCAGUUUUCCGUCUCCCGGUCGUGGGAACUCGUGGAAACGAGUUCCAGCCGCGCGUAAAGCGGAACCGGAGCCCCGGCAUGGAGCCGUCCACGGUGCCCGGGUCCCCCCUGGUCCCCGGCGGGUCCCUCGUCCCCCCGGUCCCCGGGUCCCUGUACUCGGUCCUCCCCCUGAAUGUGACCUUCCCCGGGCUGAUGGAGGACGGUACUCUGCUGGAGAACCUGACGGAGCUCCGGAGCCCCGCGGCGGGGGCGGCAGGGGCCGCGGGGAGCGGCGGCUCCGCCGGAGGGAUCCUGGUCGCCGCCUCCAUCACUGCGCUUUACUCGCUGAUCUGCGUGGUGGGACUGCUGGGAAACGUGCUGGUCAUGUACGGGGUGGUCAGGUACACGAAGAUGAAGACGGCCACCAACAUCUACAUCUUCAACCUGGCGCUGGCCGACGCGCUGGCCACCAGCACGCUGCCGUUCCAGAGCGCCAAGUACCUGCUGAACACGUGGCCGUUCGGGCCGCUGCUCUGCAAGCUGGUGCUGGCCAUCGACUACUACAACAUGUUCACCAGCAUCUUCACGCUCACCAUGAUGAGCGUGGACCGCUACGUGGCCGUGUGCCACCCCGUCCGGGCGCUGGGCUUCCGCACGCCGGCCAAGGCCAAGAUGAUCAACAUCCUCAUCUGGGUCUUGUCCUCCGUCAUCGGCGUCCCCAUCAUGGUGAUGGCCGUGACCAAGGUGGCCGAUUCUGGUAAAACGUCGUGCAUGCUGGACUUCCCGGCCCCGGACUGGUACUGGGACACGGUGACGAAGAUCUGCGUGUUCAUCUUCGCCUUCGUGGUGCCGGUGCUGGUGAUCACCGUGUGCUACGGGCUGAUGAUCCUGCGUCUGCGCAGCGUCCGCCUGCUCUCCGGCUCCAAGGAGAAGGACCGCAACAUGCGGCGCAUCACGCGCAUGGUGCUGGUGGUGGUGGCGGCCUUCAUCGUGUGCUGGACGCCCAUCCACAUCUUCAUCAUGGUGCGGACGCUGGUGCAGGUGGACACGCGGCACCCGGCCGUGGUGGCCGCCUGGCACCUGUGCAUCGCGCUGGGCUACACCAACAGCAGCCUCAACCCCGUCCUCUACGCCUUCCUGGACGAGAACUUCAAGCGCUGCUUCCGGGACUUCUGCCUGGGCUGCCGGAGCCGGGCCGGGACCGGGACCGGGGCCGGGCCGGGACCGGGGGAAGGGACAGCCGGGACAGCCGCAACACCAACACCCGCGAACCCCAGUCCGUCUGCGGCCCCGUCGCCGGGGCGGCGCCGCCGGGGGGAGGGAGGAACACGUGACUAGGGAUGGACCGGGUCCCCCGGACCGGGACCAGGGGGAACCAGGACCACCAGGACCUGCAGUCCGAGGUCACGCUCGUCUCCACCACAGAGUUUUAACGGGAAGGAAAGUCUUCUAAUUCGGCUAAAAAUCCAGAGAAAUAAAAGAGGAUUUGACUUUUCUGUUCUUUUUGUUCCAGAGGAGAAAACUCAACGUUCCCAGCUCUUAACUCGAAGAAAUGAGACGUCUUCUAUCACUUUACACCGAUGACUUAUUGUUAGG